AUGUUUUCGGCUUGGAUACGAACUCAGGCCAUAGCAGCCAAAAUUGCUGCCGCCAACGACUCAAUCGAAAACGUUAGCCCAGCUAAGUCACCUGGGCGAACUGUUCCUGCAAACGCCCAUACUGUAAAUAUCGACCGUGCUGAAUUGGAUAUCGAUCAAGUCACUGAAGUCAAAACGGAUUGGACGAAGAAGUGUUGGAAGAACCCAAGCGAAAUAAGGAGCAAGAAAUUACGCAAGCAAGGGUAA